AUGAAAUUUUUUGCCUUCGCUUUACUUGCUUUAAUUGCUAUUUCUUUUGUUAGUGCCUAAUCUAAAGUUGAUUUAAAUAGCAAUACGAAAAUGUUUAAUUGCAUUAACAAUGUUAAAAAUCCUUGCCAACCAACUGACAAUGCUUGCUUAGCUGAAUAUACUAAAAUUAGUGAUUGCACUAAUAAAUGCCAUACUGAUAAUGCUACUACUUUCAGUACUAAUUAUAUGAGCUGUGCUAAGAAGUGUACUUCCACCAAUAAGGAUGUCUAAACUUAUUAUGAUGCUAUUAUCGUUUGUCUUAAUUUAAGCAUUCUGUGUUUUCUUGUUAUUUGA